AUGAUCAAACCAGAUGCAGACGGCAUAUACCUCCACAGCAUCCAACAACAAUUCUCCAUGGUGGUGGCUGCUCGACGCCUGCAUCCAUCCUUGAAGAACAAACCCACCCUGCAUAUCCUGGCCCCCGCCCCGCUCCUCGCCAGCUGCUAUUUGUGGACAUGUUAUGUUACCCGUGAGUUUUCGCUCCUGCUGGCCUUCAACAAGCCGUCCAUUCAGCGUUACCAGUCAUUCGUGUCGCAGCUUCUCCUGUUACCUGUCUUGCCUUCAUCCAGAAUUUCUUGUUCCGCGAACGAACCGCCGUGUGGUGGUAGAGUUUACUGUGUCUUAAUGCGGCAGACUCGAAGAAACCGCAUCGUCCGCAAACAAUCCCAAGUUGACUCCGCGCCACUGUCAACAAACAGAUUCACUACCGACUGGCCUCGUUGGGGAGUCCUCAAGCUCAAGAAAGUCGCCGAGGCUUCAGCCAACCCUCAAACCCUGGACUACGCCGACUUGAAUCUGCUGAUAGCAGAUCCAACAAACAUGACUAUGGCUGCCGGGCAGCAUCAGCUACAAAGCCGCCUGCCUGUCGACACUUACGACCCCGACGACGUUGUCCCACGGGGCAGUCCUCUCAUGAAAGCAUUGCACCCGAAGCUCGAACCCUCCCCAAGUCCGCCCCCGGACAUUCCUCCCUCUCAAAUCCGUCCCAACAUUGGGGAUGCAGUUCUUUUGGCCUCUCUCGACAACGGCCGUCGCCCAGAGAUUGCUCGGGCAGGCUAUCGCGCUCUACCGGGUAUCGACGAAGAGGAAGAAGAUGGCUCAACAGGGGACUUGCCCAGACUCUGCAGUACCGGCAAGUCCCCAUCUCAUCCAUCAUCAAAAUGUUUCGCGGCACGUUCGACUGGCCAUAUGACUGGUCCUAGCUUACAACAUCGGGCAGCUGAUUCGCUACAAGCCGUCUCCACGGAUUCCAAGCCAUCAUCAGUUCCCGGGGAAUCGCCAGACAUUGCUCUUUCCGCUCGGCAACUGUCUUUGAGUGAUGAACGAGUCCCAAGUUCUGCUUAUCGCCUCGCAUCCAAGGAUUCGACGCACCAAAAUGCCAUAUCCGAGAUAUCGAAUAAGUCUCCUAUAGUUAUGCUGACUCCGUCAAGCAGCGGUCUACCGCCCUUGCAGAUGGAUUCUCCAAAAUUCGAGUCCAAUGGCCAUAGCCUUCCCUCCAUCCGCUCAACCCUUGGCGACAUCGACAGUAUCCCUCCGGAGCCACCAACGCCAGCUGACCAGGAUCUUUCAACGCUCCAUGGCUCCGGCGCGCAUUUCACCAGGUCGCCGCCUGUGGCUAUGAGGUGCUUGCCGCCCAUGUCAACCUCUCAAUUGUCGCCGCCCAUAUCUCCAAAUGAGACGUUUCAGCUGAGCCUUCCGUCUCCUCACUCCUUACCCGGGUCUAGUAACUAUAAUAGUUACGCUUCCAACGGCCUUAACCAUCAACCCGGUAGGGAGCAUGUGGCUGGUGUGUCCAGCGAAACGCCUAAUACAGAGCAAUCGGCGCUGACGCCAGCCACAAGCACGUCUGUCGCUGAUCGAAUGAGCAUCGACGGCAUCACCAACCCCUCCAUAGGUUUGUACAUUUGCAAGUAUGCGGGCUGUAGGGCACCUCCCUUUCAGACCCAGUAUCUGCUCAACUCCCACGCAAACGUACAUUCCUCAGCACGGCCACAUUACUGCCCAGUGCCAGGCUGUCCUCGAAGCGAAGGUGGCAAAGGCUUCAAACGCAAGAAUGAAAUGAUACGGCAUGGUCUUGUACACGACUCUCCUGGUUACAUUUGCCCCUUUUGCCCGGACCGGGAGCACAAGUAUCCCAGGCCUGACAAUUUACAACGCCAUGUGCGGGUCCAUCACACCGACAAAGACAAAGACGAUCCGAUGCUACGGGAGGUCCUUUCCCAGCGUUCAGAUGGUCCGAGCCGCGGUCGACGAAGGCGAGGUGGAGUUGCGGUGUAA